AUGCCGUCCGGUAACGGGUGCCGUGCCAACCAACGCCGCGCACGGGAGCAGGCCAAGGCGCUGAAGCAGGGCGCCUCACACACCGCGGAGGACAGGAAGAAGCACGAGGAGUCUAAGAACGCGGUGCAGUGUGUCCUGUGCUUUCAAGGCUUCCCGCGGACAGUGCGGCGGCCGGAGCUGGAGCAGCACCUGGAGUCGCGCCACGCCAAGGCGGGCAAGUCCCUCGAAGAGCUUUUCCCCGCCUUUUCGGACUGA